UCUGCUUCCUUCUCGCAUCUCAAGUUCCAACUCUCUCAGCUCCUCUCUCUCUCUCUCUCUCUCUCUCUCUCUCUCUCUCAUUUUGAAGCUGAAACCAUGAAGCAAAGCUUUAGCUCAGGAGCUAUUGUCCUAUGCAUUUUCUUCAUCAUUUCUUCGUCAACAAUGAUAUCAGCUCGUCUCCUAGGCAACCAAGAAGGACAAGAGGAUCAGGUAGAGCUCAAUGCAAUAACUGAUUGGGGUUCACUUGUAGAGUCGGAAGGCAGUGAACUAAUGAAUUUAAUUGGGGUGGAAGAUUGCACUGAUGGAGAUGAGGACUGUUUAAACAGAAGGAUAAUGGCUGAAGCUCACUUGGACUACAUCUACACCCAGCACCAUAAGCCUUGAUACUCUUCAUAAUGUAACUGUCACAUCUAAUUAGUAGAUAAUAUGAAUGUUUAUAUAUGUAUGUUCUCUUAAUUA